UACAAUCCGCCGCCAUCCAUCCGAUCAUAACCCGAACCAGCACCAAACCGGAAAGACGAAGCCGCCAUGCCUCCCUACGACGAGCAAGCCAUAGUCAACAAGAUCAUCUUCGAGGGUCCGCUGUCCAAGGACCCCGAGCGUUGGACCAAGUGGCGUACCUUCCUCACCAACCGUGCUGUCCAAGACUGGGACAUCCCUCUCGAAGGCGCGGAGGAGACCGAGGCCGUGAGGCUCAUCCGGUCCAUUAUCGAGGCUCAACUGGAAGGUCGGAUGACCCUUCUGUCUGCAAUCCUUAGAGUAUGUGGCGUUUGGGACGGGAUCAUUGUGGAGAAUCAAACCAUGGAGGAGUACGUCGAGGAUGUGGAUAAAUCCAUUGCGAGUGUCGAAAGCCUCAAAGAUAUCGCAGUACUCACGAAACUUGCUCUGAUCAAGAGUAACUCGGAAUCCUUUCUGCGGAACAUGCCAAGCUUGUCGGAGCUGACUGAGAUGCAGAACACAUUCGAAGACCUUCAUCUAAGGGUUCAAGCGCGCAAAGAACCUGAAAAUAUCAACCGAGACAUCGUGCGUAAAUCCACAACUGGCGAACUUGUUUUCUUUCAGUCGGUAUUCGAUUGGGAACGUUGGUUGGCUCUGGAAGAAGGUCAGAACCUCCUUGACCAUUUCGUUGCACGGUUGAACUCCGGUGGGAAUCGCGAGGUUCGCGACAGGCAUCUCUUGAGUUUUCAGAGGGCAUCUGAUGCCGCCAAGGUCUUGAAGACCAUCAACGAGGCAAAGUACGGAGCCGUGGCGAAAGCCCUGGAUGACUUCUUUGAGAACCUCAAUGUCGUCCUGACUUUGGCUCAAUGGGACCGACCAGUCCCUGAGAGGAGAGCUGAUGACGAAAGGGUGCUCGCGGCAGCAAAAGGGGUCCGGGAAUCGCUUCGCUACAUGUGCGGCCCCGAAUGGAAGGCUUUGAUAAACGUCUUCAUCUAAUCGAUG